AAAUAACAGUCACGGGAGAUGUUCACUCUUGCACGGUCGCUGACAGACUGAGAGUGUUUUGGGUCAGGGACUAUGAACGGGGCGGAGCUACCGUAGCUAUCCAAUCAUAGCUGACUGGUACAUUCCACCACGCCUCUAUUUUCCGAACAUGACUCUGGUAUGCAGCUACGGCUGAGCUAUCCAACAGUGGCCGAUACAGCUAUCCACUCCCGGCUGACUCCUCCAACCAUGGCUGUAUUCUGAAGUGUCCAACCGUGGCUCUGUUAUCUAUUCCUAACCAACAAUGAAUCUCGAGAGCUGGAGAGGCGCCAAAUUCAUGUAGGGAAAGCCCCUGGCACUUCUCAGUUUCGGGCUUAGAUCGAAAUGAGUCAAACGACUUGAAGCUUUGACAACUUUGAAAUAGUAGCCAGGGGAGAAGUUCACUCUGGCACUGAGUUCCUGUAGUGGAGGCUCAGGACGGCUCUGCUUCGCGUAGAGGAAGCCCCUGGAAAUUGAGUACACAUUAAACUUGUUCUUUUUUUGUUUUACAUUGUUACGUUUUCACACUGUCAUACUCUGCCUCCCUAAAUGUCUAUUACCUCCAUGAACGAGGUGAUAUAAUAUUGAAAUGUGAAAUUAAAGACAUGACUAUAUUCUGGUUGGUUUGUUUCCGUUUUAUUCAACAAAGCACCACGUUGUACACAUAAGCAUACAUAGAUUUUUUUACAUAUUUUUUUGAAAAAUAAUUUUUAGUUUAAUUUCAAAUUCAAAUACAAUUACAAAUUCAGUGCAUAACAUGGAUACUUACAAACAGUAUCAAAAAGUACCGUAACAAUAUAAGAAUAUCAAAGCUCCUAAAAAAAAGUGCUGUUCUGCAGAUACGGUUUCGGGCUGGGAUGGAAAUGAGUGAACCGAUUUCAAGCUUUGACAAGUUUAGAAAUAACAGUCACGGGAGAUGUUCACUCUUGCACGGUCGCUGACAGACUGAGAGCGUUUUGGUUCUGGGACUAUGAACGGGGCGGAGCUACCGUAGCUAUCCAAUCAUAGCUGACUGGUACAUUCCACCACGCCUCUAUUUUCCGAACAUGACUCUAGUAUGCAGCUACGGCUGAGCCAUCCAACAGUGGCCGAUACAGCUAUCCACUCCCGGCUGACUCCUCCAACCAUGGCUGUAUUCUGAAGUGUCCAACCGUGGCUCUAUUAUCCAUUCCUAACCAACAAUGAAUCUCGAGAGCUGGAUAGGCGCCAAGUUCAUGUAGGGAAAGCCCAUGGAAAUUGACUACAGAUAAGACUUGUGCUGUUUCAUAUUGUCAUACUCUGCUUUCUUAAAUGUAUAUACUGUCCAUGACCGAGGAUAUAUAAUUUUGAAAUGUGAAAAUAAAGACAUUACUAUAUUCUGGUUGGUAUGUUUCUGUUUUAAUUCAUCAAAGCGCAUUGUACACAUGAGCAUACAUAGAUACGGUUUCGGCCUGGGAUGGAAAUAACCGAACCAUCUUCAAGCUUUGACAAUUUUAUAAAUAAUAGUUACGGGAGAUGUUCACUCUUGCACGGUCGCUGACAGACUGAGAGCGUUUUGGGUCUGGGACUAUGAACGGGGCGGAGCUACCUUAGCUAUCCAAUCAUAGCUGACUGGUACAUUCCACCACGCCUCUAUUUUCCGAACAUGACUCUAGUAUGCAGCUACGGCUGAGCUAUCCAACAGUGGCCGAUACAGCUAUCCACUCCCGGCUGACUCCUCCAACCAUGGCUGUAUUCUGAAGUGUCCAACCGUGGCUCUGUUAUCUAUUCCUAACCAACAACCCAUCCUAUCAUGUUACCACAACAACAGAGAAAUGACCGUCUAGUGUCCUCCUGCCAAACCUGGUUGUCACUCUGCCCUCUCCUGGUAGCACUGCAAAACAUCACUCAAUCAAAUCCUGAAAUAAAAUAUAAAUCCACUUUUACCAGAAAAUCACAUUAUAUGGGCUGAAUACUUACAUGAAGUGUAUGGAGACUUUACAUGACAUAAAUAUGAAUAUAUAAAAUAAACUUAUACGUGUUAAACCCGCCCACUGUGUUGAAACAGGAAGUACAUUUAUAAGGAAGUAGAUGAAUAAAUGGACACCAUCGGCCGAAGAAAACAUGUUUCUGAGAUAGCUGAUGAGUCUCUGUGGGGAGAUAGAGGAGGGGACCACUGCCUCUGAAAUGAAUCUCUCUGGGGAGAGCGAGAAGAGAGGCACUGCCUCUAAGAGGAAGUAUUCUGACCGAGAGGAAGGGGCCACACCCACUAAAAAGAGUCUGCCUCAAGACACCAGUUCUAAGAGAGACCAUGGUGGAGAGAGUUGGAUCAAACCUGGACCUGAGGACACCAGAGACCAUGGUGGAGAGAGUUGUAUCAAGCCUGGACGUGAGAAAACCAGAGACCAUGGUGGAGAGAGUUGUAUCAAGCCUGGACCUGAGAAAUUGAUUCCUCAGAGCUGUAAGACUUGUGACCAUGUUGAGGACUCCACACACUGGCUUCAGAUUGAACCCUUGACUUCCACUGUCCAGGGAGUGACAAUGUUCAGGCACAGGACACCCAGAGGGAGUUAUGAGUGCACAGUGUCUGGGCUCCGCUGGCUGUGUGAGAGAGAUGUCAUUCUGAAGUAUCACUUCAGGAACUGGGAACCCUACAGUCAACUUCUGAAAGACAUGCAGUACGCACAAGGUGGUCCAUUGCUGGACAUCACUAUGGAGUUAGGUGAACUGGAGGAAGUUCAUCUGCCACACUUUGUCUGUUUAGGGACCAACCCUUCCCUGAGGAAUGAGAUGAAGAUUCUUCAUGCAGAGGAACAUGGAGUGUCUUUAGAGGAAGUGCAUGAGGUCACCAGAUUCCAUGUUAAGAUUCUCCAUCCCAAGUUCUCACCUAUCGCUCUGAUACUGAGAUUACUGUCUUGGAACGUAGAUGUCCACUGUGAGCUGAUUCUCUAUCUGACAGUGAAAGGGGAAACAUUAAUUUCUCGCCUGUACCUGUUCCCCUGGAACCCCGGCCAAAUACAGGCGGUGGAACUACAGGAGAAGUCUCACGGGUCUUCAAGGAUUCUCAUCUCCAGACCAGAGCAGUCCUUCAAACUAUAUAGUUUCUUCAGACUGAACAUUCCCUGUUCUACCUCCAUCAAUCCACAGAAGAUUCAUCUCAUACAAAGAGACACCACACCAAGCUUUUUCAAGGCGAUUGUGAAAAUAACAGGGAUUGACAUUGAGAUGGAGUUAUUCGGUGAUGAUGAGAGGACAGCAUGGAAGGAGAAAGUAUCACGAUAUGAAUACAUCACUGACACCUGUUCAACAAGUGCUGUGUCGGGGGCAGGAGGUCCGGCUGAGAGCAGUCUGACUGGUUCUGCUGAGCAGCAGCUGCGUUCUGUACGGACAGAGUUUGUCAAGCAAGUAUCAAGACCUGUCCUGAAUGAACUGCUGGACAGACUCCUGCAACACACAGUCAUCCACCAGGAGGAAAUGGAGUCAGUGAAGGUGAUCGCUGAGAGGGCAGAGAAGGCACGUGACAUCAUCGACAUGGUGUUGAGAAAAGGAACUGAGUCAUGUUCCAGGAUGAUCAACCUUCUUGGGGAGCUGGACCCCAAUCUUUGGUCACAGCUUCAGAUCAGUGUUGGGGUACCAACCGAAUGGUAGAAUGGAUAGUAACAGUGUUGGGGUACCAACCGAAUGGAUAGUAACAGUGUUGGGGUACCAACCUAAUGGUAGAAUGGAUAGUAACAGUGUUGGGG